UAACUACGUCGUCAAACCAAUUGAACUUGAGACGCAAACUUUGAUAAUUUUGGAAGUUAAAGAAAAUAUCCUGGAAAAAAAAAAAUCAAAAGGAUGCGAUGUAUGUUAUAAGAGUUUUAUCUUUUUUAUCAUACCGGAUAAUGAAAAGUACCUUGUUAAGUGAUAGUGGAUAAGUGUUUCCAAUUAUCUUUUUUAACGUUAUAUUUAAAAUACAUUUUCAUAGAUCAGGAAUUUAACUUAAACAUGAAAGGAAACACUCAUCUACACGAGCAAAAUACGCGCUCAGAGUAUGUCGUGACACGAGGUUACGAAGUAGUCAGUAGACUAUUUAAAUGAAGCAUAAACGUGUAUACUAGACAUAGAAGGAAAACAAGCGAAAUAAGACACAAGGCAGUGAAGUCUCUCUGAACCACAGUGAAAACAAUAUUAUAUAUAUAUAUAUAUAUAUAUAUGUAUAUACAUUAAUCAGAAACAGCCAAAUACUAAUAUUUAAGCACCAAAUAACUACGUAAUUCAUACUUUAUGAACAACAGCAAAAUAUCAUCAUAGUAGCAUUUCAAUAACCCUGCGAUAUAUUUGAUAGAAAAUUGUUACAGAAAAAAACUCAUUUCAUUAUUGAGCUAUUGAAAGUCAUCUAUACAAUAUCUGAGUAAAACUUGACACAAAGAACUGAAUCAAACCAGCAGUCUUACAAUAUUUAAAAUCAAACUCCAUAUUAGAGUUUGAAUUUUUAAAAAAUUCUACACAUAUCCACAGAAACCGAUAAUUUAUUUGAGUAAUUACUUAUAAUCUCGACUGAAUCAGGAAGGAAGCGGUGUAAUUCUUAAUUCAAGCAUCAGUCAGUAAUUUAUUUUAACCCGACAACAAUCUACCUCUGAAAGCGGAUAAUGUAUUUCUCCUCGAUUAUGACUUGCUCUUAUACGAAGGCUAUUUUGUUUGCAUACAUCAUAUCUUUGAUAUACGCAAAACCAACUUCAGACCCAUGUGAAGUUCCAAGUGACUUAAUGAUUCAGUAUAAGCGACUCACUAACGCAUCAAGUGAGACUCUGUUUUUCUCUCACACCCCUAAAUUUACAAUGGAAUCAAAAGAAAUAAAUUUAAUUGUUCCCAACAACGAAAGUAAAGUUCUCAGCAAGGUUUCCACUUGUCCUUGGACUAUCGUUUAUGUAAAUGAUUCAACCGUUUACCCUUCUAAUAGAGCUGAAGCUGUAUGUAGCUGCAAAACGUGCAAUGGAUCUUCUUCCAUAUUUCAGUGUGUUCAAGUUUUUACCAAAGCACCAGUCCUAAAACGAACAAACCAGUGUAUAGAUGGACUAUACGUCUUUAAACCGACAGAAAUUGAUGUGCCAACUGCCUGUGUAUGCGCUUCGGUUAUAUCUUUAGUAGCUGGUUAUGAGAAAAAUGAUAAUAAUUAUAAUAGUGAUGAAUACGUGUACUAAGAAGUUUUUCGUUUAUAAUAAACUUCAUAUCUUUUUUCAAUCUUAUUCGAAUUUUGCUUUAAAGUAGUGAAGGUGGGUUGACAGAAUCGCUUGAGUGACGGAGAAAAUGCAUUGCUGAGUAAAUUGCGUACCUUUAUUCACCUAAUUUAAAUCACACUGGACUUAAUAAAAUAAAUAACAGUUAAGUACUCGAGUUUUAGGCUUAUGCCUACUUAAAAAAAAAAGGAAAGAAAACUCUAAACUUUGUAUUGCAAAUAUUAUUCAACUAUAUUUUCGAUAUUAUACUUUUAUGUAAUUUAUAUUUGAAACAAUAAUUUAUGUGUAUAUUUUUUAUAUUAAAAAUGUUUUUAUUGCAAAAUAA